GGUGAUUGAGGCCUCAUCAAGUCAUAUUGACAAUUUAUCAAAGUAAUUUUUUCGUGAAAUUCUGAGUUUAUUAUCGAAAAUGUCGCGAUUGCCGACGUUUGGGGGUAAAAAACCUACCAUUAAAACUACUUCGACUGUUACCAGUCGAACAGCGGCUGGAGGCUCUAAAACGACGACAACUACUCAAAUUCGAGAGUUAUUGCCUUGUGCGAGUGCUCAACCGAAAGCAAAGGGAGGCUGCCAGCCGGCAUGUGCCUCAAAGUCUGCUAGAGCUCAACAAGAAAGUGCCGCCGUGCCCGCAGGCCCGAGGCAAAUUCCCAGACCAGGAGCUUCCAGAAUUCAAGCGCCCGGCUAUAGAAUGGCAACGUCGGCACCUAGACCUAGAGAAGGUUUUCCACCGGGAAGAGCGCCUCAGCCUGGACAAGCUGGAUGCUCAUCCCGUGCAGGCACAGGAAUACCCAGAUGCGGAGGAGGCUCAAGGGCUGACCAAAAUGAGUUGGCGGAAAAGAAAAACCGGGAAGCUGCCCAAGAGAUGUUCAACAUGUCCAGCGCCGAGGUCCCUAUGCUGGAAGGUCAAGUCGGGCAUCAGCUAUUAGAAAGAUCGAUUGCCAAUCGAGGCCAAAAAGUGUUUGCCCAGUCGAGUCAUCGUCAAAAAGUCCAGGGACAAAAUGCGGUGAAAACCCCGGCAGGAAUGGAGCGGCUGCUUCAACAAACUUACAGCGAAAAGCGAGUGGAACGCGACGAUGUGGCGGAAAGAGUGGUGAAGAACUUCGCUAUAACCGACAUGGAUGAUAAAGCCGGAGGCACCAGGGUUACCAUCAGCGAGCAGCAGCUAGACCCCGACUAUGGACUGUCUUCAGAGGGCAAAGACGUGGUUACCGUGAAGGAAACUGUGUCAGUCACCCCUUCAUACACAUCGACUGCUAGAGAAGUGGUUCAUGAAGUGAUUAAGCCUAGGGUUCAGAUCAGCCCGAGUGAACUGGCCAAUAUGGUUGAAGAAGAAACGCAAGAUGUAGAAAACACCUUAAAGAUGGUCCCUCCGGAUCUGACCUUCCAAGAGGAUCGCUACGCUUCGAAGAAGCGACUGCAGAAACUGAGGCUAACCACCGAAUCCAUAUUAUUGCUGGAAGAAUCUGUAGUAAAUCCGGUGCCAACAGCAGAUGAGGCCCUGACUGAGACUCCUCCAGAGACACUGGCCAACAUUAUGCAUACAAUAGAGAGCGGCGUCACUCCUGAAUGCGAUCCCGAUCAAGUGUUCCACACAUUGUUUGAGGAGAAAUCCACCGAACAAUCGGUGGUUUUGAGUUCGAUCGGCCCGGGACCUUUACAAGACGUUGUAGUUCCGCAAGUUCUCUCCAAGAACAUCCACAAAGAGUCAAUGACUCCAGACCUUACGGAUCUCACUAACAUCUACAAGAAUGUCACUGACGCUAAAGACUGGCCACCCGUCGAUAUUUUUGCCUCUGUUAUGGAUGAUGAAGCAAAGUCGCCGAAGAAAGGAAUAAAAUCCCGGCCGUUCAAGCCACUGCAGGAUGAAGAAAUGCCUUGGGCUGAAGAAGAUUUGGAGCCCUUGGUGAAUAUAGUGGGAGCUGAGCCGGCUGCAGUGCUGGAGCCGUUCAACAUCCAUGAGCUGGAGUCGUCCGGAAAUCUGGAAACUGAGCUCUCGCACGGGAUUGAGUAUUUCGUGGAAGCUGAUCCAGUCCAGUAUAUGUCCAGAGUGCAGCUGCGCGGCUCCCAGCCGCCCUCUUGGUUUCCAGGCUACAUCUACGCUUUGCCCGAAUUCGCAGACGUAGUAAAACUGGCUAGAAAUCCCGAUGAAGUGUUUGCUUCCAGCUGGAAGUCCUGCCGCCCGAAAAUAAUCCCCGACAAUUCCAUAUCGGUCCUGCAUUGAGCUUGCAGAGAAAAAACCCGCACCAGUAACACGCAAAUUUUCAAAACAAACUUUUAUUUAAACCUACUUAGUCUCCUUUGGAGGCCCACCUGAAGCUACAUGCAAGAAAAGCGCGAAGUUGGCAAACUAUUUUAAUUGCUCGAAAUUUGAGGCUCAAAUAAAUUAUCUGAGUGGUUCAUCAGGUACUACAUAUAUUGUCCUGA